CGCCUGUCGGGAAGGGCAGUCCGAGGCAGGCGGCGGGGCGCGAUGGCCGCGUGGACUCAGCGGCUGGCCGGCGUGCGCGGGGUACUGCUCGACAUCUCGGGCGUGCUGUACGACAGCGGCGCGGACGGCGGCGUGCCCAUCGCCGGCUCCGUGGAGGCUGUGGCGAGGCUGAAGCAGUCCCAGCUGAAGGUGAGAUUCUGCACCAACGAGUCUCAGAAGUCCCGGGGGGUGCUGGUGGGGCUGCUUCGGCGGCUCGGCUUCGAUAUCUCCGAGGGUGAGGUGACCGCCCCUGCGCCGGCCACCUGCCAGCUCCUGAGGGAACGAGGCCUGCGGCCACACCUGCUCGUCCACGACGGGAUCCGCUCAGAAUUUGAUGAGAUCGACACGUCCAACCCCAACUGUGUCGUAAUUGCAGAUGCGGUCGACGACUUUUCCUAUCAAAACAUGAAUAAAGCUUUCCAGGUGCUCAUGGAGCUGGAAAACCCUGUACUCAUAUCACUGGGCAGAGGGCGCUACUACAAGGAGACCUCGGGCCUGAUGCUGGACGUCGGCCCCUACAUGAAGGCACUCGAGUAUGCCUGUGGUAUCAAAGCCGAGGUGGUGGGGAAGCCUUCUCCCGAGUUUUUCAAGUCCGCCCUGCACGAGAUGGGCCUGGAAGCCCACCAGGCCAUCAUGAUCGGAGAUGACAUUGUGGGCGACAUCGGCGGUGCCCAGCGGUGUGGCAUCCGAGGCCUGCAGGUGCGGACCGGGAAGUUCAGGCCCAGUGACGAGCACCAUCCUGAAGUGAAGGCCGACGGCUACGUGGACAACCUGGCAGAGGCCGUGGACCUGCUGCUGCUGCACGUGGACCAGUGAUGGGCUCUGUGGGGGGCCCCGUCCCCACCUUCCCAGCCCCCUCCCCUCCCCCAGCACCCGACCACCCAAGGCCCUGCCCAGACAGCUCACCCUCUGCCUCUCUCCCCUCCUCUCCAGCCCUGGCCCCCGAGCUUCCUGGGUGGGGUGGGCCCCUACCCCAGCGGCCCACUCCGGGCCCGGCCCCCGUGAGGUCUGGGGGAGGUGGGACAGCACAGGCUCUUCCAGAGAAGCCGCACCUCCAGGACGCUCCCGAGCCCCCCAGGCGCAUUCACUCUGAAUGCACAGUUGCACCUGGUCCUCUCCAUGCGGCACGUGCACGUGCCAUCCAGUAGGGUUCAGGGGCAUUUGCCCACUGCCCCUUUAUCAAACGCAGAUGUGUCUGGAGAAAAGCUGCGGCCUUGUGAGCACAGAACAGUGCCAGGCCAGCCCCACCCCUGGGGAUGCCCAGACCCCCUGUCCACACCCCAGACGCCUGGGAACGCCCAGGGCCCCUGUCCACCUUCCAGCCCCCAUGCCCAGUGUCUGCUGAAGCAGUCGCCAUCCACCACCCUUCUAACCCCGAGUCGCAGCCAAAGGCUGGUGGCAGCUCCCAGGGGGCCCUCUGAAGACUGAUCCUUCACAGCAAGGACACCAACCGCUGGGACCAAGGCUGCCGUCACAGGGGGUUGUGGGGAGCCACGGCUUGCUGGGGGGGCAGCAGGCCCAGGGGACCAGGAGUCAGUAGUUCAAUAAACUGCCUUUCCACA